AUGACUCAACAACGUUUAAGAUCAAUGAUUGACUCCUUAUUCAAAGUGGAUGGCCAGUUUCCAUGUCCAAAAUGUGAAAAAUCAUAUGUCCAUUUAAGAAAUUUGCAUAGACAUUUGAAAAAUGAAUGUGGCAUCGAACCAUCUUAUCAAUGUCCUUGGUGUCCAAAAAAAUGUAGAUAUAACUUUACAUUGAAAUCUCAUAUUUUUGCUAUGAAAAUAAUGUAUAAUGGAGAAUUCGGAUACCAAUGUCAUAAUCAAAGUUGUGGCCGUAUUUACAAAACUAAACCAGGCAUUCACAAUCACCUUAAGUAUGAAUGUGGUGUCUUGCCAAAAUUUUAUUGGGAACAAUUCAUCCAUAAGAUAAGUCUAAAGUCUCAUUUAAAAAAUGGCCGAUACCAUUGUCCUAAUCAGUGUGGCAAGCAUUAUAAAGGAAGUAAUGGAUUAAGUCAACAUUUAAACAAUGAAUGCGGAGUAAUGCCUAAAUUUAUUUGUUCUAUAUGUAAUAGUUCCCGUUUUCUAUGUCCAAAUUUAUGUGGUCGAAGUUACAAAUAUAAACGGGGAGUGUACACUCAUGUGAAAUUUGAGUGUGGCGUGGAACCUAGUUUUUUAUGUUCAUUGUGUCCAAAGAAAUUUGCUAGAAAGUUUCAGCUAGAAAGUCAUUUGGUGUUGAAACACAAAGUUGUUAAAAUAAGAUGUAAUUUUACACAUUAA